CCACAGGCCACAGGGGACAAGGGCCAGCCCCGCGGUGAUGGCGCCGGACCAUUGAUCCCCGGGCUGCCAGCUGCGGCCAGGGGGACCUUGACCUGGGCAAACAGAGGCUCCGAGGCCCACGCACAGGCCGGCUCCCACCCGCCACUCCCAGAGGAUGCCUGUGACGGAGGCGCCCCAAGCUGCUGGAGGGCCAGGGGAUGGCGGAGAUGGGGAGGAGGCCGAGCCGGAGGGCAUGUUCAAGGCCCCGAAAAGCUCCAAGAGGAAACUCCGGAACUACGUAUGCCUGGCACCCCUGUGCCUGGCGCUGCUCGUGUUGGUUACGGUGGGGGUUCUGCUGUGGUUUUUCCUAGGGUACCGAGCAGAGGGGACCGUCAGCCAGGUGUACUCAGGCAGUCUUCGGGUGCUCAACCGCCUCUACAGCCAGGACCUUGCCCGCCGUGAGUCCAGUGCCUUCCGCAGCGAAACCGCCAAAGCCCAGAAGAUGCUCCAGGAACUCAUCGCCAGCACUCGCCUGGGGCCCUAUUACAACUCCAGCUCUGUCUACUCCUUUGGGGAAGGACCAUUUACCUGCUUCUUCUGGUUCGUGCUCCAAAUCCCGGAGCAGCGGCAGCCAGGGCUGAGCCCCGAAGCAGUGCGGGCGCUGCUGACGGAAGAGCUACUGUCCACGGCCAACAGCUCGGAGCCUGCUCCCUACAGGGAAGACUACGAGGUGGACGCCGAGGGCCUGGUCAUCCUGGAAGCCAGCGUGAGGGACAUAGUAGCGCUGAAUGCCACCCUGGGCUGCUACCGCUACCACUCCGUGAGCCAAGGCCAGGUCCUCCGGCUGAAGGGGCCUGACCACUUGGCCUCUAGCUGCCUGUGGCACCUCCAGGGCCCGGACAACCUCAUGCUCAAACUCCGGCUUGAGUGGACGCGGCCCGACUGCCGGGACCGGCUGGCCAUGUACGAUGCAGCUGGGCCCCUGGAGAGAAGACUUAUCACCUCGGUCUACGGCUGCAGCCGCCAGGAGCUGGUGGUGGAGGUGCUGGCAUCGGGUGCCGUCAUGGCGGUGGUCUGGAAGAAAGGCCUACACAGCUACUAUGACCCCUUCGUGCUCUCUGUGCAGCCCGUGGUCUUCCAGGCCUGUGAGGCCAACCUCACCCUGGAGCGCCGGCUGGAGCCGCAGGGCACGCUCAGCACCCCCUACUUCCCCAGCUACUACUCUCCCACCACGCACUGCUACUGGCAUCUCACGGUGCCCUCCCUGGACUAUGGCCUGGCACUCUGGUUCGAUGCCUACGCACUGCGGCGGCAGAAGUAUGAGCUGCCCUGCACCCAGGGCCAGUGGACCAUCCAGAACAGGAGACUGUGCGGCCUGCGCACCCUGCAGCCCUAUGCCGAGAGGAUCCCUGUGGUGACCACUGCCGGCAUCACGGUCAACUUCACGUCACAGAUCUCGCUCACGGGACCCGGUGUGCGGGUGCACUACGGCCUGUACAACCAGUCGGACCCCUGCCCGGGAGAGUUCCUCUGCUCAGUGAAUGGACUCUGCGUGCCAGCCUGUGACGGGAUCAAGGAUUGUCCCAACGGCCUGGAUGAGAGAAACUGCGUGUGCAGGGCCACCUUCCAGUGCCAAGAGGACAGCACGUGCAUCUCACUGUCCAAGGUCUGUGACCAGCAACCUGACUGUCUUAAUGGGAGUGACGAAGAGCAGUGCCGGGAAGGGGUCCCUUGUGGGACCUUCACCUUCCAGUGUGAGGACCGCAGCUGCGUGCGGAAGCCCAACCCGCAAUGCGAUGGGCAGCUCGACUGCAAGGACGGCUCGGACGAGAGGCACUGUGACUGUGGCCUCCAGGGUCCCUCGGGCCGCAUCGUGGGCGGCGCGGCGUCCUCGGAGGGCGAGUGGCCGUGGCAGGCCAGCCUGCAGGUCCGGGGCCGGCACAUCUGCGGGGGAGCCCUUAUCGCCGACCGAUGGGUGAUCACGGCGGCCCACUGCUUCCAAGAAGACAGCAUGGCCUCGCCCGGGCUGUGGACCGUGUUCCUGGGCAAGGUGUGGCAGAGCUCCCGCUGGCCGGGCGAGGUGUCCUUCAAGGUGCGCCGCCUGCUCCUGCACCCCUACCACGAGGAGGACAGCCACGACUACGACGUGGCGCUGCUGCAGCUCGACCACCCCGUGGUGCGCUCGGCCGCCGUGCGCCCCGUCUGCCUGCCCGCGCGCUCCCACUUCUUCGAGCCCGGCCUGCACUGCUGGAUCACCGGCUGGGGCGCCCAGCGCGAGGGGGGUCCCACCAGCAACAGUCUACAGAAGGCAGACGUGGAGCUGGUGCCCCAAGACCUGUGCAGCGAGGCUUACCGCUACCAGGUGACCCCCCGCAUGCUGUGUGCCGGCUACCGCAAGGGCAGGAAGGAUGCCUGCCAGGGAGACUCGGGGGGCCCGCUGGUGUGCAAGGAGCCAAGUGGCCGCUGGUUCCUGGCGGGGCUGGUCAGCUGGGGCCUGGGCUGCGGCCGGCCCAACUACUUUGGCGUCUACACUCGCAUCACUGGGGUCAUUGGCUGGAUCCAGCAGGUGCUGACCUGAGGAGCGAGAGCCAGGCCCUGCUGACCAUCUCCUGGACUCACAGGAGCACCUCUUGGGGUUGGGGUGCCAGGAUCCCGUGGAGGCUGGAGGAGGUGGCCCAGCACCCCCAGAGCCCAUUAAGGCACAGGGAGGACUUGCCUUCAGCCUGCACCUCCAGGCCCUGCUCCCCCACUGCUGACUUUGGGGAGUGGAUUUCACAGCGACACCAUGGCUUCUGUGG